UAAAAGUAGAAUUCCCUCAGCGAUACAGUGAGAGCCCACGCUCCUCUAUUUAAUAUCAUCAUCUCUUUCCCAUUCUAUUUUUCAUUUAAGCCCACAGAGAAUCUGAUAAGCCAAGUUAAGGAGAGAAAGCCAUGGCAUUGCGUGUCUUCCGGCUACUUCUGCUGAUUUGCUCUGUGUUUUCGGGAACUGCGACCGUUUUCUUCCAUGGCUUACAGAUGCCACAGAGCUUAAUUUCAUGGACUGAUUUGAGAAUCGAUGAGCAUUAUGAAGGCUCAAACUUUAAGGCUGAGGAAGGAAAAAAAGACGUUCUUUUGGUAUCGAAGGACGGCUCUGGGGAUUCUAAGACUGUUCAAGGUGCAGUAAAUAUGGUUCCUGAUGGCAAUAAGGAGAGAAUCAAGAUUUACAUAGCUCCAGGCGUCUACAGAGAGCGGGUGUACGUUCCAGUCACAAAGCCUUAUAUAACCUUCAUUGGCAAUGACAGUGCUGAAACUGUUAUAUCAUGGAAUCUUCGAGCUUCCGACCGAGAUUCGGACGGCCGGGCCGUGGGCACCUCUGCUUCUGCAACAGUAGCAAUCGAAGCUGAUUACUUCUGCGCCAAUGGAAUAACAUUUGAGAAUACCGCACCUGCAGCACAAGCAGGAGCUUCUGGAAUGCAGGCAGUUGCGCUGAGGCUUGCAGGAGACAAAGCUGUGUUAUAUAGAUGCAGAGUACUUAGCUCUCAAGACACAUUAUUUGAUCAAACUGGAAGGCAUUAUUUCCAUGAAUGCUAUAUACAAGGAUCUAUUGAUUUUAUAUUUGGAAACGCAAGAUCGCUUUAUAAGUACUGCACUCUGCAUGCUGUUGCGGCGAGCUAUGGAGCGAUCACAGCUUCGCAGAGGAUUUCAGCUGCUGAGAAUUCGGGAUUUUCUCUUAGUUAUUGCAAGCUGUAUGGAACUGGAAUGAUUUAUUUGGGGAGAGCUUGGGGUAAAUAUGCAAGAGUUGUGUAUUCUUACUGUCAGCUUGAUGGAAUUAUUUUGCCUCAGGGUUGGAGUGAUUGGGGAGACUCAUCAAGGCAAAGAACGGCAUGGUUCGGACAGUUCAACUGCAGUGGAAGAGGAGCAGAUACGAGUAACAGAGUGCCAUGGGCUAAAUCACUCACCUAUGAAGAAGCAAAGCCGUUCUUGGAUGACUACUUCAUCGAUGGCGAUCAAUGGCUGAGAUUGUAGCAACUUGCAGAAUUUAAAAAUAUUUAUCAAUUUAUUUCAACUAAUUACAGUUCUUAUGUGUUUACAUAUGUAAGAGCUGAACUUUAUUUUUUGCAUUUAUACCACCAAAGUCUUUCAUUUAUGUAAAACAAUGCCUCCACUAUUUUAACAUCUAAAUAGUGACGCACACCUUUUUAUGCAUAGGUAUGAUGAUAUAA